CGAAAAGGUGAAGCAUCACACUCGAUCGAAGCAAGCUGGUGUUGGUGCGAGUUUUUUGGUAUACCUUUUCUUCGCUGACUCGUAGCCGGUGUGUUGUCGUCGUUCGCUGACGAUCUGCAGCGACAGGGUUUUAACUGGUCGGCGUAUUCCGUCAACAACGAUGUUUUUGCGCCCGCGCGCGCCGUUAAGAGUGUGUGAGUGUGCGUCUUGGCCUUCACAAGCGUUCACUUAAGUGCAUAAGCCGUUCGGGUGUGUGUGUAUAAGUGCAAAAAGGUAAUAAAAUUGCAUCCAGCGAGAAAUUCAUAUGCAGCAGUGUAGCAGCGACGAAUGUGUAUCUGUGUGAGUGAGUGAAAAUACAGCUUAACACAUCGUUUGAAGGAAGAAGAAGCAUAAGAAGCAGGAAUGAAAAAAUAACAAAGCCCCCGAGUGUAUUGUUCUCCUUUGAUGGAAAACAGUUGUGUGUGCGCGCAUGUUGAGUUGGGUCAAUAGAAAAAGCAGUGAAAAAUAAAAGUGUCUCGCACACGGAGCAAAGAAUAGUGUGUGGAAACGUGCUGAAGAGCACGGCAAAGAAGAAGAGUGUCGUCGGCACAGAAGAAAAGUGCAAACAUCAAAGGGAGGGUUGCAGCAAAAAAAAAAAGCGCAAAGAAAAGAAAACCCAAAUUGCUGCAAAUCAUAGCCGUCGAGUGAGACGCGCCGAGGUUUAUGCGAAAAUCCAAGUGAGUGGAUCUCAGUGAGAUAGCGUUUUCAAUUCGCUGUGUUGAGUGAGUGCAGAAGAAAAGAAAAGAAAUCAAGGCCUGCUGUGAUUGCGUGUGUAAGCGAGUGAAAAUCGCGUCGACAAGUCUUUGGAUUAAUCGGGGAAAAGCGAGCCGGAACGUCAACAUGCAGAAGCUGCCGCUCGUACAACAGGCAGCCCUGAAAGCUCGUUGUCAAUUUCGAAAGGAUUAAAAAGCAAUAUCUCGGUGGCCGCCCGCACUAGGCGCCCCCUCCCUUUCGAGCAAGUGUGUCGAGGACUUACCUUUCAUCCUCCUUCCUCUACAUCCAAUCACCAUUCCUCCCCUUCAAAUGGUUCUGCUACCACCGAACAGCGAAGUCCUGUCGGGCGACGCACCAUUGUCCGCCAGCACGGAAAUGGCCAGCGAGGGAACGUUGGUGAAGGUGUCGGGGGUCGAUACGACCAAUGGCACCACCACCACCACCACCACCAUUACACCACCAACAACAGUAGCAACGGCAAUCAGCAUCUCCACGACGACGACGUCGGCAACACUGACCGAUGACGUCACGGGCGCGUUUGGCAGUGCUGGGCCGCUGUCACCGUACCGACCGAGCCGGGUAACGCUCGGAUCGGUCUAUCCCUGCAUCACGUGCAACCUUUGCAAGGGUUAUCUGAUCGAUGCAACAACGAUCGUCGAGUGUUUGCAUUCCUUUUGCCACAGCUGCAUUAUGAAACAUUUGCGCACGGAACAGUACUGCCCACAGUGCGAAAUGAUGAUCAACAAAGCGAAGCCCAACAUCAAACCGGAUGCAACGCUGCAGGCGAUCGUGUACAAGCUGGUGCCGGGACUGUACGAAAAUGAGCUGCGCCGGCGGCGUGCCUUCUACCGGCUGCACCCGGAAAUGGCCGCCAUUGCAACGCCCGAGCAACGGGGCGAAGAUACCGAGUAUCUCAUCUUUAGCCCGAACGAGAAGAUCUCACUAUCGCUGGAGUACGCGGAAAAAGAACUGGCUGAGGACAAUGAGGAGCUGCUGAAGGCCAAGUAUCUGCUCUGUCCGGCCAUCUUUUCGAUCGCGCUGCUCAAGAAGUUUAUCAUCUACAAGUACGGCAUCUCGGAACGACAGUUUUGCGUCGAGAUUAUGUACAAGGUGAAGACGAUCAUCCUGCCCGACUACUACACGCUGAUGGACGUGGCUUACAUUUACACCUGGAAGAGGGACGCUCCGAUGAAGUAUUACUAUCGCAUACGUACGACGGAAUCGAAUCCGUUGGAACUACCGGAGGUACCGCUGCGCCGUUCGCCAAGUCUUGUCAGCGCAGGGAAGCAGCGAACUACCGAGGCUGUGGAUGACGAGGAUGAUAAGGAGAAUGUGCAUCUGGAGCGGUUGGUGUCCGAGGUGACGGCUAGCGAGAGUGAUAACAGCAACAGUAGCAGCUGUAGCAGUGAUAAUGUACGUCGUUCGGAAAAUGGUUCCAAAGCUGUGGAGGAUGUACCCAAACCGUUGGCGGUGAGUCCUGCUACACAGACAACUCCAUCGACUGGAUCGCCUGCAACUCCAGCACAGCCAGCACGGAAGACUGAGUCGAUCAAGCUCAAAAUUGGACUCAACAAAAACAAAUACGUAAGCUUCCUCCAGAGCCCACAGCCGGAUGAACCGACGGCCACCAACACUUACACAUCCCCGGUAGCAUCCGUGGAAGGAUCGAAGUCACACAAAUCGGAGAAAACGAAGCGCAAACGGUCCGACGCGCUUGGUGCGCUGCAGCAGUUGGAAGAAAAUUCUCGCGAGCUCCAGAUUAAGAUCGAAAAGAUCAAGGACAUGGGGUUGAUGAGCAGCAAACGCGAGGGUAAGAGUGCCAAGAAGCAGCAGCAGCAGCAGCAGCAGCAGCAGCAGCAACAGCUGCCACUGGUGCCUUAUAAGGUUGAGUCGGGUUCGGGCAAUGCUCAGGGGUUGCAAGAGCCGGAGCGCGAUUCAAAGCGAUUGCACUCUUCCAAGAACGGUUCGGGCUACCGCAAGUUGAAGAUAAAAUCUCCCAAGAGCGGCAGUGGCAGCAGCUCCAGCAGCAGCAGCAGCAGUCCGGAGGACAACAAACAUCAUCAUCCGAUUGUGUUGAAGAUCGAUCAACGCAGCCCGGACAUGGCUACGUCAACCCUCAAGUUCGGUGUGCCGAGAAAAGCGGAUAAAAGCAUGACGCCAUCACCGCCACCGUUGCCGCCAUCUCCACCAACACCACCUCCAACGAAGCAGAAGUUCGAGGAUGAGAAGUCACAGUUCCUGAACUCGUUCGAUUUGACACCCAUCAAGACGGAGCCGUCUUCUUCGCCGACGAAGAGCACUAGCUCGCCUCCCGCGCUGGUAGAAAGUACAUCGACGUCAAAGAAAUCUCCAACGUCCAGUGCUGCCCCCACCACGACCACACCGAAUGGAAGCACCACCACGCAAACGAAACGCAAAGCAAAGGAUUCGGCCGGUGGUGCAACCCGAUCCGGCUCCAAGAAGCCGAAGCUGUCCGACGAUGAAAUGAAGGCAAUCGUCGAGAAAACGGUGGCGGAAAACAUUCGCUCACCCUCGGAACAUAUUGUUCCACCGAUUUUCCUCAAGCCAAAGGUUCCUCCGGUGACUUCUCCUUCCUCUCUUACUUCAUCCCGUCAACAGUCACCACCGUUGGUAUCUUCCUCGGGUAAAUCAGAGUCAAAGCCGACGUCAACGCCUCCACCCAAACGAGAUUCUCCACGUCCAUUCGUCUUCAAGACACCACCUCCACCGCCACCGAUCGUGUCGGCCAGCAACAUUCCCGCGGUCAAGCCUUCGCAGCAGGUACUGCCAGCUCCGAUCCCUCAGAAACCAUCGCUACCGCCAAUCAGGCCAUCGAGCGCACCGAAAGCUUCAGGACCUGCGACAAAGUCACCGACACCGCUAGCUCCACAAGCGCCCAGCCGAAAGCCAACGACACCAACCAAGCUGCCGACUUCAUCAGCGCUCAGUGGUGGUGCGAGCGCAGUCCCGCAACCACUCAGCAACGGCGGUACCAGCAUCGUUGCUCCAUCGAAUUCGACCACUCACAGCGUCGCUGCCGGGUCUAGCAAGCAGCAAAAGCCACUGGAACUGAAGCGCGCUCAAAGUAAUCCAUCGAUCAACAUUCUACCUCCAGUGUUGCCUCAGACACCUGGUGUGCCGCGUGAUACCGAAAUCAGUAAGCUGCGGCCGGAGGACCUGAAGAAGAACGUUAAGAUCUACGGACCUCUGACGUCAGUAGAACAGCCGAUCAUUCCAGCAAGAGCGACAGAUACCGCCAACUUCGCGGUACCGAAUAAGGUCACUCCGAAAACAACGUCUAGCCUCACUGUUACCUCAACGACAAAAGCUGCUGGCACAUCGUCAACAGCAGGUCCUCAGGUGCAGGGCGCAAAGGCACGGCCAGUUAACUACUUGAAUUACGCACUGCUCAACAGUAAGGCAGCCGCCGCCGGGUCCCGAACACCGAUUCCAUCGUACUCGUCCAACUCGCCCAGCUACUCGCCCGACUCCCCACAGUACAAUCCCAACCUUAACUUCUCUCCGAAGCAGUUUAAGUACGCUAAUCCACUUGCGUACAGCAGCCAUCUUCAGAACAUGCUGACCGAACGCAAGUCGGGUAGUACGUCGCCACCAUCAACCACAAUCACCAUACCUGCUUCAUCCCCAUCUCCACCACAAGCGAAGGAACAGACGGUUCCGGCGGCUCUAUCUGCCAGCAUUUCCGUCACGCCCGCUUCCAACAAACGGCCCGCAUCAGCCCUCAGUCCCGAUGCAGAAGAAAAGAAGUUACAGCCACCGGAGAAACAACCGACGAUGCCAAGCCCUCCGAACCCGCUGGACAAAUUCCCUUCAGGCAUCCCAGAUGGACUAUCGGUCACGCUGGCUACGGAUGAGGACGAUGCGGCCCGCAUUAAGAACGUGAACAAACAGCUGAAGAACAACUUCAUCGAGAUCCGGCCGCUGCCCGAUGUCCCGGUUGCGGACGUGAAGCUUCCGCUGCCACUUCCCAACACCAUGCCCAAGCAGCAGGAUCGUCGAACACCACCGUCGAAGGUUGGCAACAGUGCUGCAGGAAGUAUGCCCGGGCCAACGACCACAGUAUCUCAGGUGCCACGCAAAUCGACACCACCCAUCAAUCCUACGUACAGUGUGGCUAACAGUGUCCCGGCCAAGACUGCAGUUUCUUCUUCCGCAUCGUCGAAUGGUACGGCGGACGCGAUUCAGCGCAAAAUCUACGAUAUAAUCGAGAAGCGUACCUCGGCCGAUGGUGGUAAGACUGCCAACAGCAAGUCCGCCCAGCAGAAGCCUCCAACCAUGCCACCAAUGUCGCGGCCAAGCACUCCCAAGGUGCCUUCGUUUCCGGUCUCUAACAACAAGUUCAAACAGCCCAACGCAACCGUAAACGAGAACGGCAUGCUGAAGCUGAACAACUACCGUGAGGUGGAUUUGAUUCCGAAAGGUAUCAAUCCCGGAACUGGACCCACCAACUCAAAGUCAUCGUCAUCGGGCACUUCGACCGUUGCUUCGGCAUCAUCCAGAAUGAUGCCACCACCGACCGCACAGCCCAAAUCGAACGUUCCGAUCGCUCCGAAACCUUCGCAGCAAUCGUUUGCCAACGGACGGAUGGCUAUGUCUCCACCGAUUCCACGGUCACCUACCGCUUAUGGCGCUUACAAUCAGCCAAAGUCGAAGACACCUCCCUCGCAUCUUCCCUCGAUGGCGAGCAUGGGCCCCAUGUUCGACAUCCAGAUGAAGUCCGCUGCGAUCGGCGCAUCCGGUGGUACACCGUCGAAAAAAUCACCGGCUGGAUCUACCACACUCACCUCCGGCACCGUUCCCCGGCGUAAGAUAGUCCCAACGAACAAUUCUACGACUCUUGUUCCCCUCAAGUCCUCGCCGGGUUCUUCAUCCGCGUCCGCGAAUGGUGGUGGUGGUGGUGGCGGCGGUGGCUGCGGCGGUGGUCCGAAGCUAACGGGCAAUUCCUCCGACUACAUCACGCUCCAUCCGCAGGGUCCGGUAGCACCUUCAACACCAUCCCAACGUCCGCUUCCCUUCUCCGCCCAGCAGGCAGUUCUGUCGCAGAUGAUGAACAACAAUCUAUUCGCCCGUCAGUUUAAUGGCUUAGUGUACCCGUACUUCCUGCAGCAGUACGCACAGCAAACGGCCGGUCUGAAUAUGCCGAUUGGAGCGGGAUCGGAUUCGGUCACAAUUACCGCGUCCCCGCUGAGCUCGUCCCGCAAUGCUGUGUCACAGAACUCGCUUACCGUCACCGCUAUUCCGCCAGGAUCUUCGGUCGCGAAUGGUAGGGGCAGCAGCGCGACCGGUGGUGGCAGUGGAUCGGGCGGCAAUGGAGGUGGUCCCUCGAGAGGCUUUGGUGGAGGCGGUACCAAUCCGGCAUCACGCAACUCUUCCUGAGUAAUGUUGAUCGAGCUGUAGAGUGCUUGUUAACGGCGCUAGAAGAAGACAGGGAAUGUGGAUGCGUUACUCCGUUUGUGCAUUUCCUGUCCUUUUCUUGCUGUUUAUGGACGAGCCUUUACAGCCAUAGGGCCAGUAAAGUACGUGUGCCUGCGAGGGCACAUUUUUGUAAGGAAGAAAAAACAACACCCUUUGCUAAGGGAACAAUCAAUCUGAUGAGACUGAAAAUAAGCAGCAAACAAAAAAGCGUGGUGGUGCCAUUCAUGCUACUUGGGAAGAGGUCUGAGAACAAAAGAUCAAAUGUCAAAUUCCAGUGACUUUGUGAGCCGUGCGAGUUAGGAAAUAAGCUAAAUGUAAUAGGUAUAGUUGUCGUUGUUGAAUGUUAUAUCGUGAAUGUGUUUAUUAGUCUCUACAGUUGCUCUUAGAGUUAUUCAAAAAAACUGUCCCAAGAGCCAAGAUACACUCCCACCACCUUACCUACCUGUCCUGUCAAAAAUGUGAACGCUUUUUUAAAAUACUUGUGCGAUGCGAUGCUAUUUCGGUAUGUAAAUAGUAUAAACUGCUUUGAACAGCGAGUACAACCGAGCCUUCUAACGGCAUCGAUUGUGUUGUGUUGCCUUCCCGAAGGAGUAAACUAACCUCAAAGUUCGGCCGGCCAAGGCCGAUCGCUAAAUACUUAUAUCGCUUGAUGUUUGAUGUUUGAGUGUCAGCGUCCUUAGCGCUUGUUUCCUAGUGCUCGUCGAGCCCUAUACACUAUCCCUUUUAUCAAGCUUACUGGGCAACUGUUACUGUGUACUACCGUUUCUGUUUAGAGCUCCGUGAAAUUUUAACCUCUACGCGUCUAUCGUCGUCCCCUGUGUGCGUGUGUGUGUUUUGUAUGUUGUAAUGAAUUUUAAGCUAGAAACCUUGCACAGCAGCAAGAAGGAGGACCACGUGCUGCGCCUCUCAUAUACAAACAUAUAACCGCAUAUCGCAUAUUCACUUUGAAAAUGCAUGGGACAAGAUAAGGUUGAUGUGUGUUUGCUUCCAGGCGAUGUGUUUAAGCAGGUAGAAGGCGGAAAAGAAGGUAUAAUAAGCAAUAAGAAGAUAGAACCGAAGGAACAAAGAUGAAAAGAAUCAGGUGGGAAGAGGUGUGAAGAGAAGCGAAGUAAGAUGUACGAAACAUAGAGGAACUUGAAGAAAAACAACGAUUUUGAAGUACGCGAUGAGUUAGCGACACUGUAAGCCAAGACAACAAUCAAAACAUGCAUGCUGAUAAUGGAUAAGGUAGGAUGCAAAAUGUUGUUUCGUUUUUUAAUACUUUCAUUUUCAUUAUUCCUCUUUUUUAAUUAUUUAUUCUUUAACAUAUUAUAACAUUGUGAAGGGAACUAACCUUCGAAUUAUGGCCGAAUCGAUUCGAAAUGCAUUUAAGUUUGUUUUCGUUGCUUGUUUAUUGAGUUGAAAAAAUGGAACAAGUAACCCUGUGAAUUGCUGAAAUUAUUAUUUAUCUCUCUAUUUUACGAUAAAUUUAUCUUCUUAAGUUUACAUACAAGAGUAUGUCCGUGUAGAUAAAGUAUACCGCGCAUUUGCUGACAAGCGAGUCAUUGAAGUUAGGCAUAAGAGAACACAAACACCCUGCAGUAGUUUUGUAAUGUAAAAACAAAAGAAGGGAGUAUCGGAAUCCGAUUUAAAGUCCCUGACUGACUGGUCCGAUACGGAGCCUCAGAACGAUUUCUGUAUACUAUUAACGAUUAAGGACACGAUGUUUGUAUGUCAGUCUCCCUAGCAUAGUCAAACCACCAUAUGUGUCGUCGUGCGUCGUAUGAUGAUGAUAAGUUCUAAGGUCUGUACAUAGAAACAAAACCUGUAAAUAUAUCUCGUAUGCGAAAAAUCCUCUCGGGACACGAGGCAAAACCUUUAUACACGCCCGGAGUCCGCAAAAUAAAUGCACAUAUUAUUAUAACAAAAAAAAA